AUGGUGGUCAAGGAGAGAAUACCAAGUUCAUUACAGAGGAAGAAGAUGGCUGCUGCUGUUUCUGAUAUUUUGAGGAUGACAUUCAGCUUACUUAUGCUUAUGCUACUAAUGUUGUGCAUGAAAGCUAUUAAACUGGAGGCACAAUCUGGGCUUCUUGCUCGUGAUGAAGUGGAUGCUUUGCUUGAAAUAGCAACACAAGUGGGGAAGAAGGACUGGAAUAAUAACGUGGAUCCAUGCAGUAAUGAGACAAGCUGGGUAACACCAACUUCAUCUCAAAGGCCAAUGUUUGAUAAUAAAGUUGUUUGCGAUUGCUCAUUUCCUGGGGGUGUGUGCCACAUUGUUUCCAUGUUUCUCAAAGGGCAAGAUCUUGCUGGUAGUCUCCCAAAAUCUAUUGUGAAAUUACCUUACCUUAAGAAUCUUGAUUUGUGGGCCAACUACCUACGUGGAAACAUACCGCCAGAAUGGGCUAAUUCAAAGCUGGAAAUAUUGUCUAUUGCUGUAAACCGUUUAACUGGAUCAAUUCCUAGCUAUCUGGGGAGGAUUAGUACACUUAAAUACUUGAACAUUCAGAAUAAUAUGUUUUCUGGAACAGUUCCCCCUGAACUUGGAAACUUGGUUAACCUGGAGAAUAUCACGCUUAGUGCCAACAAUCUCACUGGAGAGCUACCCCUGGCUCUUGCUAAUUUGACCAAAUUAAAGGAACUUAGGCUUAGCAGUAAUAACUUCGUUGGAAGAAUACCUGAUUUUAUUCGAAGCUGGAAACAACUUGAUAAAUUAGAGAUCCAAGCUGGUGGUUUCUCAGGACCCAUACCUUCAAGCAUUUCUCUCUUGAGUGCUUUAACUGAACUAAGAAUCAGUAACUUACUUGGAGAUGGUUCAAAGUUUCCAAACCUAGAACCUAUGGAAGGCAUGACCUAUUUGAUGUUAAGCAACUGCAACUUGUCAGGAUCUUUUCCCAGAUAUUUGACAGGAAUGACACGACUGAAAGUUUUGGAUCUCAGUUUCAACAGAUUGACAGGUGAUCUUCCAACAAAUUAUGAUUCCCUAAUAUCCUUGGAGAAAAUGUAUUUUACAAGGAACAUGCUUACUGGGCCCAUCCCCAACUGGAUCGAGAGCAGAAAUACUCGUUAUGAAUUUGAUCUUUCUUACAACAGUUUCACUGAAAGCCAUUCGGCUACUACUUGUAAAGAAACACUAAAUUUGUUCAAAAGUUCUUGGGGAGGCAACUACUUGAAACCUGUUGAAUGCCUGCCUGAUUAUUGUUCAAAAGACCAAUACUCAGUGCACAUAAAUUGUGGUGGACCACAGACCACCAUCGGAAAUACCAUCUAUGAAGCAGAUGAUGAGCCAGGAGGUGCAACAAAAUAUGUACCAAAAGGAGAGGUUUGGCAAUUAAGUACCACAGGACAUGUCUGGGAUAUUCGUCCUUCUGCAGAUGACUACAUAGCACAAAAUAAGUCCAUACUCAGAAUGAACAACUCUGAACUGUACACAAAUGCACGCCUCACUCCUUUGUCUCUCACAUACCAUAUGCGCUGUCUAGUUAAUGGGAAAUACAAUGUGAAGCUUCACUUUGCAGAAAUAGUAAUGAGGGACAACAGAUCCUUCUAUGGUCUUGGAAGACGGAUAUUUGAUGUUUAUAUUCAGGACAAAGUUGUGUUGAAGGAGUUUAAUAUCGUAAAGGCAGCACAAGGGGUAGAUAAGGUAUAUAUUCAUAAAUAUACAGCAUUAGUUACUGAUAGAGAAUUAGAGAUCCGCCUUCACUGGGCUGGGAAAGGGACGACAACAUCACCGAAAAUUGGAAUAUAUGGUCCUUUAAUAUCGGCCAUUGAUGUAGAAUCUGAAUUUAAGCCUCCUAAUAAAGGCAAGAGGAAGAGGCUCAUUGUUGCUGGGGCAGUGGUGUUGCCGUUGUUCCUCAUUUUCAUACUUCUAUCCGCUCUUUGGUGGAAAGGUUAUCUGGGAGGAAGAAAAUCAAGGGAUCCAG